AUGAAUUUCGUCUUGUCAUCUGUUCUUGGACACCACACCUUAGCAUACUUGGAUGAUGUAGUUGUGCACUCCAGGGGCUUCUCGCAGCACUUGAAAGAUCUAGAAGAAACCCUACAGCUGCUGGCAGCAGCUGGAUUGAAGCUGAACAUAGAAAAGAAAGGCCAGAGUUGGAAGUGGGAGAAAGACCAGCAACAAGCAUUUGAAGAAUUGAAAAGGCAUCUGGCAUCAGCUCCAGACUUCUCGCAACCCUUUGAGCUACACACAGAUGCAAGUAGUAUCACUUUGGGAGCAGCUUUAAUCCAACGAGAUCACGACGGUGCACUGCAUGCUAUUGCGUACUAUAGUAGGAAACAGUGCAACCCUGAAACUUGUUAUCCAGCCAUCGACUGUGAGGCAUUAGUGGUUGUAGAGGGCGUUAGGGUCUUUGAUUCGUACGCCCAUGAUCUGUCCUAUUACGACUUUGAGAUCAGGUAUAAAGAGGGGCCCACCAACUACGUCCCUGAUUUGCUGUCGCGACAAAUUGCUGCCAUAGAUGUUCGGGAGCUGUCAUCACAAAACUUGCUCUGGAGCAACGCCAGGAUCCUGCACUUCAAGAUAUCUCAUCCUAUCUAA